AUGAAACUUUUAGGGAUGGAAUUUUCUGACACUCCCACCUUUCUGACAAACUCGGAAGUCCAUAUUUAUUACUCUGGAAGCCUCGAGUUAAACAUGAAGGGAAGGCCGAUGGAGUAUUUUGAAUUGAUUCCGUUGGUGAAAAUGAUAGACCUUUCGAGGAAUAAGCUCUCAGGGGAAAUUCCUCCAGAGAUAUCAAAUCUCUCCGCAUUGAAGACAUUGAACUUGUCGAACAACAAACUGAUGGGAAGCAUACCGGGCAAAAUAUCAAGGUUGAAACAGUUGGAAACUCUCGACCUCUCAUUCAACCGCCUGUCAGGCCAAAUUCCUCCCGGCAUGUCUUCCAUGACAUUCUUGAACAGUUUGAACUUGUCAUACAACAACUUGGACGGCGAAAUUCUAGAGGCAACCAGUUCACUACAUUCAAUCCAUCCAGCUUUGAGGGAAAUCCAGGCCUCUGUGGGUUUCCGUUGUCACGAAAUUGCUCGACUCCGACGGGGCUGGAUGCACAAGAUCAGGACAACGAAGAUAAAGGAAAUGAGGAAGAUGAUCACGGAGAAUUAUGGUUCUACACAAGCAUCGUACUAG